UCAGUGGACACGCCUUUUAUAGACCUGCGAGCUCAGGGUGAAUCUCUCUCUCUCUCUGCUGAGCAGUUAACGAAAGACUAUCUGAGAAGACCCUUUAUAAAUAACCUUGAAUUAGUACCAAAUGAUGAAUCCGAAUAGGACUGAUGACAUACGGACGGAGCCAAACACUGGAAGUGACCACCGGGUGAACAAAACGCAAAUGGAUGGAAAUGAGAAUUACUCCACAAACCAAAACACACAACCUCAAGAUUCUCGGAAUCCGAUGCACUCUGAUGGAUACACCAUGAUCCCACCAAAUGAAUCAAAACGGCAGAAACUGCUGAAAAUGUCACAGAAAGAAGAGAAUGAUCUGAUGAGAUGGAAGAAGGAACAUCAGCCUGGCCCCAUUCAACUGGCCCCAGAGAAGCUAGGUGGGACUGUAUCAUUGUCAGACGCACGACGGAGACAGCAGAUGGUGGCUAACCAGUCUAAACUCCAGAAAAAGCUCAUCCGACAGUACAUGGACCAAUCCAGGAGACAAGAAGAGGAAGAAGAGAAUCAGAGGAUGAAGGCCAAACAGAGAGAGAAAGCCAACAGACUAGAAACAAGGAAAAAGGAGGAGGAGCAAGAGAGAAAGAAGCUGUACCAACCCGAACUUUUAAUGAAAAGAGAAGCACAUCUUCAAAGGCUUGAGAAGUCCAGCUCAGUUCCUAUGGCAGCGAGCAGCUCCACACCCGUGUCAUCUUGGGCUCGAGGGCGCGAAUACAGGGAGGCCAGGAAGGCUGAGGAACAAGUGACCCUGCAGCAGAAGAAAGAUGAACAAAGAAAGAAGAGUCAAAUUUUGGAAGAAAAACAUAAACAAGAAGAGGAGGACAGGAAAAGACAAAUGGAAAAUGAACGGCUGCGGGUGAACUCGGCCUUCCUAGACAGACUGGAGGCGAGAGGAUCAGGUAGAGCGUCUGAGUUGCUCCCCUGUACACAGGAGCUUGGUAAUGUCUGGCAGACGGAGGAACCGCAGGACCCUGCCUCAUCCUCUGUGUCCUUCCCUUCACAGCAACACACUGACAGCAGUGGAGAUAUUGACAUCGAAGGGGUUGUAAUGAAGCUUCAGACUAUGUUCUCUUACUAUGACCAAGAGUAUCUGGAAGACAUUGUCUCUCAGUGUAAUGGCAAUUACCAGCAAGCUUAUGAUCUACUCAAUGCUUAAAUGACAAUGUUAUUGCCUCAAACCUUUAAUGUUGGGGACAUUACUAGCUUAAAUACAUUUUUUUCCUAUGUUGUAGCAAUGUAGUAUUCGAGCUCCUUUUUGUUUAUUGCUGCUGUAACAAGCUACAACCCCAAUUCCAAAAAAGUUGGGAUGCUGUGUAAACUGGAAAUAAAAACAAUGUGAAAAUUUGCAAAUCAUGGAAACCCUAUAUUUCAUUAAAAUAGGACAAAAACAAUAUCAAAUGUUGAAGCUGAGAAAUGUGGAGGGUUUUUUUUUGUUUGUUGUUUUUUUUUUAAAAAAAUGCUCAUUUUGAAUUUGAUGUAAGCAACACAUUUCAAAAAUGUUUACCACUGUGUCGCAUCACUUCUACUUUUAACAACACUGUAAACGUUUGGGAACUGAGGAGACCAAUUGCUGUAGUUUUGAAAGAGAAAUGUUGUCCCGUUCUUGCCUGAUAUACAAUUUCAGUUACUCAACAGUUCAGGGUCUCCUUUGUCGUAUUUUGCACUUCAUAAUGUGGCAAAUGUUUUAAAUGGGAGACAGGUCUGGACUGCAGGCAGGCCAGUUUAGCACCCAGACUCUUACUACAGAGCCAUGCAGUUUUAGUAUGUGCAGAAAGCGGUUUGGCAUUGUCUUGCUGAAAGAAGGAAGGCCUUUCCUGAAAAAGAUUUUGUCUGGAUGUCAGCAUAUUGCUCUCAAAUGUGUAUAUAUCAUUCAGCAUUAAUGAUGCCUUCCCAGAUGUGCAAGCUACUCGUGUCAUGUGCACUAAUGCACCCUCAUACCAUCACAGAUGCUGGCUUUUGAACUGUGCACUGAUAACAAGCCGGAUGGUCCCUCUCCUCUUUAGCCUAGAGGAUGUGGUGUCCAUGAUUUCUAAAAAUAAUUUCUACUUUUGAUCCAUCAGACCUUAGGACAAUUUUCCACUUCACCUCAGUCCAUUGUAAAAGAGCUCGGGUCCCGAGAAGGUGGCGGUAUUUCUGGGUAUUGUUUAUAUCUGGUUUUAACUUGCAUCUGUGGAUGCAGUGAUACACUGUGUUCACAGACAAUGGUUUUCUGAAGUGUUCCUGAGCCCAUACAGUGAUUUUCCACUACAGACACGUGUCUGCUUUUAAUGCAGUGUCACCUGAGGGCCUGAAGAUCACAGGCAUUCAGUGUCAGUUUUCAGCCUUGUCUCUUGCAUACAGAGAUUUCUCCAGAUUCUCUGAAUCUUUUCAUGAUAUUAUACACCCUAGAUGAUGUGAUUCCCAAAUUCUUUGCAAUUUUACACUGAGGAACAUUAUUCUUAAAUUGUUCUACUGUUUGCCCAUGCAGUCUUUCUCAGAGUGGUGAACCCCUCCCCAUCUUUACUUCUGAGAGACUCCACCUCUCUGGGAUGCUCUUUUUAUACCCAAUCAUGUUACUGACCUGUUGACAAUUAACCAAAUUAGUUUUUUUUUAGCAUUACACAACUUUUUCAGUCUUUUGCUGCCCCGUCCCAACUUUUCUAAAACGUGUUGCUGACAUCAAAUUCAAAAUGAGCAUAUAUUUUUCAAAAAAACAAUAAAAUUUCUCAGUUUCAACAUUUGAUAUGUUGUCUUUGUACUAUUUUCAAUGAAAUAUUGGGUUUCCAUGAUUUGCAAAUUAUUGUGUUCUGUUUUUAUUUAUGUUUUACACAGUGUCCCAACUUUUUGGGAAUUGGGGUUGUACUUCUUCACCAAGAAGCAGUGUAGCAGUUUGUCACACAGUACCUUCUCACUACUUUUCCCCUUUUCUCUACUAGCUUUCAAUACUCUUGAAUCAAGCAAAUCACAAAAUCUGUGCAAAGGAUUGCAUCUUUCAGGAACCAGGUUUAACAUAUGUAAUUAGUGUAAAUGUAUAUUAGGGUACAGGCUUCAGCUUUCACUGAUCUGUGUGGAGAAUAACAGAAUCAUGUUAUACAGCUAUACAGGGUGCAUUCUACUAGUGAUGAAAACAAGACUUUCAAGGCCAUGUUCAUCAGUGCUUGAGUGUGAAAGAUUCACAUGGUGACAUAUAUAUGGAGAGUAGCUUGUUUUCCAUUUUCCGCUUGUCCUAAUAGCUAGCUUCUUUAUCAAAUGGGUAGUUUGGCCAUAGCUUAUAGCCAGGCCCGCCGACAGGGGGGGACAAACGGGUAUGUUGUCCCGGGCCCAGGAAUGGGGAGGGCCCAGAACUGGGCUCUCAUGAAGUUGCGAUUAUUUUAUUUCAUUUCAAAAUGUGUUGAUUUGGCGGAGAAAUGUGCUAUAUUUGCAUUCAAUAAAUGAUUUCUAGAUCUUU